AUACUUUUUUUCAUCGCAGCCAACUUCAACUCAACGCGUCGGUAUAAAAUUUCGGGGGCCAUUAUUUAUUUGCAACUAAUGCGAAUGUAAAAGUGAAGUGAUUUAAAGACGCAAGCUCGGUGCUAGCAAGUAGUUGUACUAUCGUUUUGACAUUAACCCAGUGCGUGUGCUGUUUUGUAGAAAGCGCAUAUUAGUUUCGCACAUUUUUCCUGUUUUUUUUCGCUUCAUCUUGCACUGGUGUGAGCGAUAGUGUGACUGUGUAGAUCUGCCGCCAAUCCUAAGCCGAAGCGGAUAAAAUGGAUGUGGCGAAAUUGGAGAAGAUGAAGGUGGUGGACCUUCGAAACGAGCUCCAGUCGCGCGGUUUGGAUACCAAGGGAGUCAAAGCAGUGCUCAUCGAGCGCCUGCGAGCUCAUGUGGAAGGUGGUGCCGGCGAAGGAGAUGGCAUGCCGGUCACGCCUAGCCGUCGCCAGAGACGUACCCGAUCGAUGUCCCGCUCGCCCUCGCCUGUGGGAGCUGCCCCGGUCGCCGCUGAAUCGGCUCUCGAAACCUUGGAAGAGGAGGAUCAGCCGGAAGAGCCUGCUGCAGAGGCUCACUCAGAGCCUGAGGCCGAACCAGAACCUGAGCAAGAACCGGAGCAGGAACCAGAGCCGGAACCAGAACCAGAAUCGGAGCCCAGCGUGCCGGAAGCAGAAAAGGCCGAAGACACCGGCGAAAGUCAGGCAGACUACCAACAGGAAUCGCCUCAGGAGGAUGAGGCAUCCGAACAGGAAACCGUAGAUGCACCAGGCCAGGAUGCUGAUGUUCGCAUGGAGGAGGCCAAUGACAAUGGAGACGAGAAACAGCAGGAACAGAGCGAUUCGAACACAGUCGAGGAGCCCCAAGAAAAUGGAAACAGCCAGAAAAUGGACGUCGACGAGGAGCCGGCUGCUCCCCCAGCAGAGGGAGACGGUGCCGAAGUCGCUGAGAAGUCGGAGGAGCAGACUCAAGAGCGCCGCAAGCGGUCACACAGCCGUUCCCGCUCCCGUUCGCGCAGUGGCAGUCGCUCGCCGAAGCAGCGCACCAGUGUAAGCGACAAGCGCGACUCCAAGGCAGCUGCUGAGGAGCGUACUGUACCCGAGGACGAGCCCGCCAUUGAGGAAAACAAAGUGGGACUCAGCUGGGUGGACUCCGAUCUGCAUCUGCGUAUCGAUCCGACCACGUUCACCUCCGCCAAGCCUCUGUCAUCGGAGAUAUACUCACUUAUUUGGUCCGGAGCCCGCGCCAAUUUCGGAGUGCGUGAGGGCAAGGUGUGCUACGAAGUGCGCCUGUCGGAAGAGUCACAGCCAGAGAAUUCGCACCACUUCCGCGAUGAGCCUCAUGUCCGAGGCUUCCGCGUAGGCUUUUCCACGUCCAAGAGCUCGCUGUUGCUGGGCGAGGCCGAACAUUCCUUUGGGUACUGUGAGACCGGCCGGAAGGCCAACCAAGGUGAGUUUACAGACUACGGCAAGCCCUUCCAGCUGGACGACGUGGUCGGCUGCUAUUUGGACUUGGAAAGCGAGCCGUGCACCAUUCAGUACACCCUGAACGGGGAAGAUCUUGGCGUGGCUUUCGAGUUCGAGAAGAGCAUCCUGGGCGAAGAGCUAGCCCUCUUUCCGCACAUCCUUACCAAGGGCUACGAGUUUUCGGUCAACUUCUCCGACACCGAGCAGUUGCUGGUGAAUGCCGAGAGACCGACGCGCAAGCGCCGUAAGCCCCGCAAGGAGGAGGACAAGGACGACGAUAAGGAUGACAACGAUGGCGAGAAAUGGAAGGUCUUGGACGAGGCCACCGCCGACGACGAUGAGGUCGAGAAGAAGGACGACGACGCUAAAGAAGAGCAGCCCCAAGAGGAAGGCCCGAAGGCCGAGAAAUCCGAGGAGGAAGAAGCCAGCUCCAAAAUGGAAACAGAAGCUGAGAGCGAGGAAAAGCCAAGUGCCGAGGAUUCCGAGCCAAAGGAAGAAGCUACCAAAGCUCCGGAAACUGAUGAAAGCUCGGCCGUUUCUAAUGGCAAUGCUGCCGCAGAGAAGGCCAAUGAUGAAAAGCCCACCGAGGCGUCCGCGACCGCUAAUGAGGAUGACGAGGAUGGUCCGUCUCCCAACAAACGUCCCAAGACCGACGGCGAUGUGGAGAAGGAGAAGGAAAAGGACAAGUCCCAGACCGACGACGAGUACGAAGAAGUGGUGCCCGAGCCAAGGGAAACCGCCGCCUUGCUGGAGGGCUAUGUUCUGAUCGGACUGGUCGAAGUGGAGAAGCUAGUGGCCGGUCCUCAGCGUGCCGAGUCCCGCAAGGAGUGCGAGGUGAUUCUGUUGGUUGGCUUGCCCGGAGCCGGCAAAACCCACUGGACUUUGAAACACAUCACUGAAAAUCCAGACAAGCGUUACGAUGUUAUUGGACCCGACGCGUUUAUCGCCAGGAUGACAAUCGACGGUGCUUCCCGUAAAACGGUGCACAAGGGACGAUGGGAUAAGGUUUACGAGACGUGCCUAAACAGUCUUGGAGCUCUGGAAGACAUCGCCAUGAAGCGGCGUCGCAAUUUCAUACUUGACCAGACCAAUGUAUAUGCCUCGGCCCAGCGACGUAAAAUGAAGGGGUUUAGCGACUUCAAGCGCAUUGCAGUCGUGUGCGUUCCCAGCGAAGAUGAGUUGAAACGUCGCAUCGCCGAAAAAGAGGAAAAGGGGAAUGCUUUUACAGUUAAAGAAUCAACAAUUAAUAACUUACGAGCCAACUUCACAUUGCCAUCGCUGGAGUUUGGCUGGUUUGAUGACAUAAACUACACCGAGCUGACCGGCGAUGAGGCCAAGAGCGAGGUCAAGCGCUACAACGAGAAGGGCAAGAAGGCCAUCGACGCCGACAGGUCGCGGGACAAGCGCUCCAGGGGCGGUCGCGACAACUAUCGACGCGACGACCGCAACCGAAGUCGCUACAACGAUGACCGUCGUCGUGAUUACGGCGGCCAGCGCCACGACAGUCGAUGGAGCGAUAACCGGCGCGGGGGUGGCUACUCCAGCAACAGCGGCGGAGGCGGCAGCCGUGGAUACGACAACCGUCGCAGCUACAACAGCGGCGGUGGCGGUCAGAACUGGAUGCAGAACAACCGACGAAGUGGCUACGAGGACCGCGGCUACGGUGGAGGCAGCGGCGGCGGCGGAGGCGGCAGUCGAGGCUAUGACAACCGGAACCGCGGUUACGGCGGUGGUGGUGGCGGCGGCGGCGGCGGAAGCGGCAGCCAGCAGAAUUGGAUGCAAGGCGGAGGAGGCGGCAACCGUCGCAGCGGGUAUGACGAUCGCGGCUACGGCAGCUCGCGGGACUACAGAGACCGGGACCGCGGUAACGACCGCAGUCGAAUGGGCAGUAACGACCGCAACCGGGGCAGCAGCCAGAGCAGUUACCGCUCGGGAGGCAGUGCUCAUCAACAACGGGAUUUUCGGCCUGGCCACCGCGACACCAAAGAAGAUAGUCGCGGUGGCUAUGAGCGAUCGGCUGGUCAAUCGCUGCCCAAGUACGGUAAUAACUCGGCUGCCGGCGGUGGCUACGAACAAUACAAACAGCAGACAGGUGGAGCGACCGGCGGAGGCAAGUCCUCCCUGAGCGGUAAGUGGAGCACGUAUGCCCAGCACCAGCCGCAACAGGCACAGCAACACCAGCAGACGAGCGCCUGGCAGACGCAACAGCAGGCGCAACCGUACCAGCAGCAGCAGCAACAGUCCGCCGGCCAGCAGCAGUAUUGGGGCUAUAAUCAAAUGCAAGCUGGUUAUGGAAACCAACAACCACAACAGGCCUGGCAGGGAGCUGAUCAGCAACAGCAGUGGAUGUCCUGGUGGCAGCAACAGCAACAGGGCACCGGGGGCUCGGCAGGCAGCAAUGCCGGCGGCGGAGCGAGUGUGAAUGUGGGUGGCGCUGCUGGCAAUGAUGGCGGUGCCUCCAAUCACUAUUGGUCUCAAUAUUCAUACUCUACGCAGUCCAAUGCAGGCUCCGACAAAAAGUAGAGUGUGCUCUUCACCUCCCCCCCCCUGUUCAGUCAACACCGCAGCAUUCUCAAGAAAGUGCGAACCACAAACCGGAACUACAUUUUAUAAAAUAGUUUUAAAAAUUAACAAACAGUAAAAACAAGAAUUAACCUAGUUUAGCCAGUCUUAGGCGUUUGGACUAUUGUGCGAGUCCAGGCCGAACACCCACUUGGAGGGCCACCGCUCCCUCAACCACAUUAUUGCGUAACUAAAAAUGCAUCUUUUAGAACAGAGUACCAGCGGCAAGUAGGAAGCAGAUUGUGAGAAAAGCUUCACUUGCAACAGAACAACUGGCGGGCAACAGUAAUGAUUUGUUUUUCAUUUUCCAAAGGCAUUUCUAUAUUCGACUGCGACAUAGCUAUAGCUCCAACAUCGGUCUAUCAUUUGGCAUUAUCUAUCUAGGCAGUACAAUUUGUUUUUAAACGGUUAUUAUAAUUAUUGUUUUUUAUUUUACAACAAACGCAAACAGUUGGAAGACAGAAUUAGACAGAGACUUUAACAAAUAAAUUUAAUAACAUUGAAAAAUUAA